AUGUCAAGUGCACAAGGAAAAGUGGGCCAGUCACUUCGGCAGCCUUUACAAGAAAACAGGCACCUUAACAAGGCGAUGACUGAUCGAAGUAACUCCAAGAUAAUGGAAACGCCGGUGUCAGCGAAGGGCGAAAACCCUAGGAUAAGUACACCACCUGAAAGUACCAUGACAGGUAACAGAAAGAGAAUGAUUUUUGAUACACCAAUUUCUAAAAAUAUAGAAUCUGAAGUGCAUCAUCUUUCUUCCAAAGCGGCUUUGCUUUCUCCUGCUUUUUCAUCACCUCAACAGAAGAACACAAUCAAUGAAAUACCACCUCCGAAACCCUCAUUCAUUUCAUCAUCGUCAGGGUUUUCUUCUGAAGAUGAGAAUGUACCCAAACCAUCUCGGAAAAAGACUAAGAAAUCCAAGAGAGCUAUUAAGGAAAAGUCUUUUGAUUUUGAUUCGAAUGAUAAACCGCCAUAUUCAUAUGCAACAUUAAUAGGGAUGUCAAUCUUAAGCAACCAAGAGAAGAAACUUACACUUUCGCAGAUUUAUCUGUGGAUAUCUGAUACGUUUAAAUAUUACAAGCGCGAUGAGGUGGGCUGGCAGAAUUCCAUUCGUCAUAAUUUAUCGUUGAAUAAAGCUUUUAUAAAGGGCGAAAAGUCAAAGGAUGGUAAAGGGCAUUUUUGGUGCAUUAAAACAGGCUGCGAAGAGCAAUUUCUCAAGACAAGAUCUAAUAAAAAGCACUCUUACCAAGAAUUAAUGGAUCAAAUAUAUUCAGUGAAGUCCGAAAAAAGAUCCAUAAACUCUUUGCCGUCGUCACCUAAUGGCUCUAAUGAUUACGAUCUUGAUAAUGAAGUUUAUAAGCAUUAUGAGAAGAAAAGAAGGUCCUCAGAGAUCGAAAGGGCUGCUGACUAUGACAAGGAUGAAGGAUAUAACACCGAUGAAGAUCGGUAUAAUGAAUUAACUCAUCCAUUACUAGAACCCCCAAUCAAGAAGCAUAAGCUUUUUGACCCCAAUGAGAGUCCAAGCGAUACUGCAACAAAUCUUGGUGCACCUUUUGCUCAUAAUAAUAUAACCUCAAAGCUCACAGCAAGUCCUGCGAAUGCCCCAUUUUCAAUAAUAACAGAAUCAACAGAUAAACCAUUGCUAGCUGGCAGGAACCUAACUUAUAGUUCAUCAUUUAGCUGCAGCUCUAAUUUAGAGCUUUCCCCAAUAAGGCCGAGUGAAACUGGUCCGCUAUUAGAACCAUUGACGCCAGCCAAUAACAUUUACAACAUACAGCAAUCGCAGAAUACUCAUUCACAAAGAUCUAUAUUAAGUGCACAUCUUAACCAUACUAUAAAUCAUCUACAUCAUCAUCAUCCCGCAGCUGCUACUACCCACAUAAUACAGAAGACUCCGAAAUCCAAUAUAUUAAGAACCCCACUCAAGAAUUCGAGAACACCCCAAACGAGCUCUAUAAUGAAAAAGCUUUGGAACUCACCUUCCUACUUGGAUGAUUUUUACUAUUCACCAUUAAUAGGGUCAUCUGCCACAUUAUUGAAUUCUUAUGAUGAUGAUGAUAUGAUGUUGAGAAAUUUAGAACACCACCAACAACUGCCAAACACCGUAGCCAAGAAACACCAGGUUUUUUCAAGUCGCAAUUUGAUACAUGAUUUUAAAAGAAUCGAUGACUCGACAAGUGACAAGGAAGCCGAUCAAACUAGAGAGAUUAAUUCUUCUUCGACAGAUGUUGACGAAUGA